GCCCGCCAUUAAACAAGAAGAAGAGGAAUAACUGUUAUAGUUGUUGGUUGGAGCUGUUGUUUCGAAUGGGACAGAAGCGAUAUGAAUACUGAUAUAAAUAAUAUAAGUAGCUAUCAGAUAUGAACAGAAAACGGCCUUUGAUUUCAGACGCUUUCAAAGUGAAGAGAUUUAGAAAUGAAACUCAGAUGUUUGGGGCUGUCAGUAAAGGAAAUGGGCCGACCGACAUCAGAUCCACCCUUGAGACCCUGAUGACACUAUUCCCCAGGAAGCUCUUCAACGACUCAUUGCCUCAAAUUGUUAUUAAGCACCAACUCUACAGCAUUCAUAAUGACAAGACUUUGGUGGACAAGGAGCUGAAUAAACUCCGGGAACAAGGAGAACUGCUGAUGUUCCAGCUCGGGUUUGACGCAGAUGCAUUCGGACUGGUUUUUGCUUCCGAUUACAAAGCCAAAGUGCUGGCAGGAGAGGAUGGCAGGGCGACACGAGCAACCGUUGAGAAGUUUUUGGAGAAGUUGCCGUCUCCUUGCACAGAGCUGAGCUUCAGCAAAGACAAGAUGCUCAAGGAGUUCCGCUUCACAGACUCUGAGAUAACUCAGCUGGUGAAGUCAGGGGUCCUGACUGUGAGGGACGCAGGCAGCUGGUGGCUUUCCAUUCCCAACUCAGGCAAAUUCACCAAGUACUUUAUCCAAGGUCGUAAAGCAGUGCUCAACAUGGUGAAGAAGUCCAAAUAUAGUGAAGUCUUGAAGACAGAGCUAGAGGAGCGUAGAACCACCUCGCAUGUGAAAUUCCAGAUGAAAUAUCACAUCCAUGACAUUGUUGGUGCAGAGCUAGUGGAGAGCAUACCUACAACUUCAGGGACAUUGUUGCGAUUUGUUGAUUCCUGAAUGGCAGCAGCAGAGCUUUAAUUGGUGCCAAUGGUUGAUCAGAAGAUUUACAAAGAUUGUAACAAAAAAACGUUUGUACUUGGGCUGUUAAAAUUUACAUUUAUUUAAGAUGACAGAGAUUAAGUCUGUGCCAAGUGCCUUAUUAAAACCUUGUGGGUUUAUGAAUUGUCAAUUAUGUUGAUAUGACCUUGUGAGGUUUGGAUUUAUCUUGAAAUAAAAAUGAUUUUCUUUCCUUCA